AUGCAGCAGCAACAGCAACAGCAGCAGCAAAAGAGGCCCACCCUUGCACCAAAGCCGCCGGCCAAGUUGUCGCUCUCUUCGGCAUCGGCGUACAACCUCAAAAUUCCCUACUCCAUCAACGAAGAGGAGGCUACGACAACUUCUAACAACAGCAAAAACAACAACAGCAACCAUAGCCAACCGAACGGAGUCAACAAAGCCAAUGGACAGCAACAACAACAACAGCAACCACUGCCGUCGGCCCAGCAGCAGUACAGUCGCAGCCGCUCAAUGGGCUCAAUACUGUACACCAAUGAAAACUACGGCCAGGCGAUGGGUGCUUCAAACGGUAGUGAGCACAGUUGGACUUCUAAAUCUCCCAGUGCACCUCGAACAUGGACAGAGAAACCUUCUAACGGCACUGGCGUGAGCACUCCACUGCGCACCGUCAUCGCCAACAGCGUCAACCGCCAGGCCGAUUCACUGGAGCACUUUGCCGCCCGGGACAGCGCCCAGCUGUUUGCCACCGAGAACACGCCCGCCUUCUUCUCGCACGCCACCAGUCUCAGUUCACUGUCAAUGGAGGACGAGAAUGAGGGCUGCUUUGCCGGGAUAGGGCAGCAGCAGCAGCAACAACAACAGCAACAACAACAACCGAAGGCAGCUGCUGUGGCUCAAGAAGAUAUCCAAGGUGGUGACAACAGUGAUGCUGCUGCUUACCAGAACUACGCCCCUGCUAAUCUGGGCAACUCGGUGCCUUCAUCGCCUGCUCAGCGCUCAAAAUCGCCGGAAAGCACUUCACAGGAGAAGCCAACUCCCGUGGCUGCCAAGCGAAUGUCCAAAUCACAGACACAAAUUGCUCAAAACUUCUCUGAACAGUCUGCCUCACCGGCGGUUCAAUUUUACAAUGAUCAGCAGCAGCCACAGCAGCGCUCACCCUCACCACCGCCUCGUCCAAAGAAGCCCCUGCCGGCGAUUCCUCGCGGCGAGUCACCACCGCGAAUGCUAGCACCACUGCCGCCAACUCCCACCAGUCCCACUACUCCAACGACCAGUAAAGAGGACGACUACGAUGACUUCAUUUACAAAUGUCGACAGGUCGCUCUGCCUAAAGAGACUAUGGUGAAGCCUAAAGUGCAGCAGCAGCCUUCAUCAGACCACGCCAAAUCUUCACCUGGCAAU